AUGGGAUGUAUAAAAUCAAAAAGGAAAGAGAAUCUGCAUGGAGAUGGGCUAGAUUUGAAGAAUCAACCAGUACGUAAAACUGAACGAACUAUUUAUGUGAGGGAUCCAACGUCCAAUAAACAGCAAAGGCCAGGAAAUACAGAAGCACAACUCUUACCAGGACAGAGGUUUGUCAGUGAAGAAACAGAGGAGCAUGGAGUGAUUGUGGUAGCUUUGUAUCCCUAUGAUGGCAUUCAUGAAGAUGAUUUGUCCUUCAAAAAAGGAGAAAAAUUGAAAGUUAUUGAGGAGCUAGGAGAAUGGUGGCGAGCAAAAUCUCUCACAACAAGGAAAGAAGGCUUCAUUCCCAGCAACUAUGUAGCAAAAGUAAACACCUUGGAAACAGAAGAAUGGUUCUUCAAAGACAUAACCCGAAAAGAUGCAGAGAGACAACUCCUGGCUCCUGGAAAUAGUCCUGGAUCUUUCCUUAUCAGAGAAAGUGAAACAUUAAAAGGCAGUUAUUCUCUCUCCAUACGAGACUAUGAUCCACAGCAUGGCGAUGUUAUUAAGCACUACAAAAUUAGGAGUCUAGACAACGGAGGAUUUUACAUCUCUCCAAGAAUAACUUUUCCCAACAUCAAUGAUAUGAUCAAGCAUUAUCAAAAGCAAUCGGAUGGCUUAUGCAGAAAGUUGGAAAAAGCUUGUAUUAGUCCUAAGCCUCAAAAACCAUGGGAUAAAGAUGCAUGGGAAAUUCCACGGGAAUCCAUUAAAUUAGUGAAGAAAUUGGGAGCUGGUCAGUUUGGAGAAGUCUGGAUGGGUUACUAUCAUAACAGCACGAAAGUGGCUGUGAAGACUCUGAAGCCUGGAACAAUGUCUGUGCAAGCCUUCCUGGAGGAAGCCAACCUCAUGAAAACUCUCCAGCAUGAUAAGCUCGUUAGGCUUUAUGCUGUAGUGACCAAAGAAGAACCUAUUUAUAUUAUAACAGAAUUCAUGGCUAAAGGAAGUUUGCUGGAUUUUCUGAAGAGUGAUGAAGGAAGUAAAUUAUUGCUUCCAAAGCUAAUUGACUUCUCUGCUCAGAUUGCAGAAGGGAUGGCAUACAUAGAAAGAAAAAAUUAUAUCCAUCGAGAUCUGAGAGCAGCGAAUGUUCUGGUUUCGGACUUACUGAUGUGCAAAAUUGCUGAUUUUGGACUAGCAAGAGUCAUCGAAGACAAUGAAUAUACAGCAAGGGAAGGUGCAAAAUUCCCGAUUAAAUGGACAGCACCAGAGGCAAUUAACUAUGGAUCUUUCACUAUUAAAUCCGAUGUGUGGUCGUUUGGAAUUCUCCUGUAUGAAAUCGUCACAUAUGGAAAGAUUCCUUAUCCAGGUAUGAGCAAUUCGGAUGUGAUGGUUGCUCUUCAGCGUGGGUACCGAAUGCCACGCAUGGAAACCUGUCCAGCAGAGCUUUACGAUAUCAUGAAAACAUGCUGGAAAGACAAAGCAGAAGAGAGGCCAACAUUUGAUUAUCUACAGAGUGUGCUUGAUGACUUCUACACAGCAACAGAAGGGCAGUAUCAACAACAGCCAUAG